AGAUAUAUAUAACGUAUGUAACAAUGUCAUUAGUUUUCAGUAUCAAAGUGACAAGUGAGUAGCUCAACGUAAAUCCAAGAUGAUUAAAUUAAAAACUUCCGUGCUUAUUUGUCUAGCUAUAAUACUGCAAGGAAAAUUUUCAGCAACAACCGCCCAAAAUUCUGAAGAAAAUGAACAGAACGGUCAAUCUCCACCGGAUACUCCCUCAGAACCAGCCCCAGAGGAAGGAGAAGAGCCAAACUCGCAUGAAGAAGAACCAGCUUCAGAAGCAGAAGAAUCAGCUUCAGAGGAAGGAACAGGACCAACUUCAGGAGAAACCCCAGAUGAGCCAGACGAAGAAGACAUAACUGAUGGUGAAGAAGAAGAAGAAGAAGAAGAAGAAGAAGAAGAAGAAGAAGAAGAGGAGGAGGAGGAGGAGGAGGAAGAAGAAGAAGAAGAAGAGGAGGAGGAGGAGGAGGAAGAAGAAGAAGAAGAAGAAGAGGAGGAGGAGGAGGAGGAGGAAGAAGAAGAAGAAGAAGAAGAAGAAGAAGAAUCUACGGAUCGUCAUAAGAUUCGUAAUCCAUGGAACUGGUUUUUCGGAACUAGGGAUAGGCAUUCUGAAACUGAAACCACUAAAACUCGCAAAAAACCAACAUGGAGCAUGAAAGAUUUUUGGGGAUGAAAUUCGAUGUAUGAAGAGGUAGGGGAAGACUUUCAAGAUUCGCACACACCCUGGCUUCGAACACUUCAUAUUUUUGUCAUAUUCCUUCAGUGUAAAUCUGACCUAAAUUUUCCAGAAAAUGUGACUUAAUAGAACCUAUUAAUUUAUAUUGCCUGAGGUCAAAUUCAUAUAAAAGAAUAUGGAAAAAAUAUGAAGUACUUGAAACCUGAGUGUGUGAAAAGCCUGAAAACCUUUCCGUAUCAUUUAAAAUUUUGUGAAAAAUAAAAUUGUAGCAAAUGCAUAA